GCCUAAACCUCGCAUCAACCGCGCGGCAAACGGAUUUGGCGCUUCCUAAUUCUACUUAUGGUAGAUGAUCAACUUUUGGAAUUGGAGAAAAUUGAGGCUGAGAAUCAGCUGAGGGGUGACGGAAUUCAUCUUACCGGGCGAGCGCCUGCAAACUUCCCCCUGCUGAAAGCGCACUGGGUGCAUGCUGGCCUGCUGGCUUGCAAUUUGAUUCAUAGGAUUCCUUUCACCCCCAUCACCAGUCGCCAGCCCACAGUCUGAGCUGUUCAACCUACAUUACUACAUCCCAUCCUCCUUAGAAUACGGAUGGCGUCCCACGGCGAGCCCCACAAUCGCAAGGACGCCUUAGAUCCAAUUAGUCAAAGUGAAUGGGAGAAAGACCCCUUCAACCUUAACAGUUGCCUCAAACUCCAGGACAUACGGUUAGAAGGGGUCGGCUCGCGGGCCCGAGUAUUCUCUGUCACGCAUCACCAUCAUGAUUCACCAGGCGAUGUCUUAAAAAAUGCCAAGCCAAGAGUCUGCCUCAAAAUUAUCACAGCGUCCUUUGGUGAUACCGCAGAACACAACCUGGAGGUGUUGAGAAAGAACGUGCUAGGUGUUAUCAAGGUUUGGAGAAAUCUGGAACACCCAAACAUCAACCCCAUUUAUGGAUGGACUCUCGACCCUACUUCAAACGAUUCGCAUUUCUGCUUUGUCUCCCAGUUUUGCCCCAAUUACAAUGUAUCCAGAUAUCUCCGCAAGCACCCCGACGCAGACCGCGAAAAAAUAGUCUGUGAAGUAGCUAAAGGCUUGCGAUACCUUCACGACGAGGCCAACAUAGUUCAUGGGGAUGUGAAGCCUAACAACGUUCUCAUAAGCGAUGAAGGCAUAGCUAUGUUGAGUGAUUUCGGACAGGCAGAAAUCCUGGAUCGUGCCCCCCAAAAUUUGCAGGAUGCUGGGCGGUUUCUUACAAUCGAAUACUGGCCCCCUGAAGUAUUUUCCACUGAAGAUGCAGAUUAUCCCCUCCAACGCUCCAAAUCGGGCGACGUGUGGGCUUUCGGGUGCACUCUCCUGGAGGUAAGUUAUCCCGAGUUCUUCCUCCAAAAAAUGGCCAACCCUGUGUUAUAG